GUCCGGAGCGGCCGCCCUUUUCGGGGAUCGACGGAGGGCAGCGCGGCGGGAGCGGAGCGACCAGGAGAGCCACAAAAACAGCUCCACACAACUUUAGAGACACACCGAGGGCUGAACCAUGUCUGAGGCUGGAGAUGUUGAUCACAGCCAUGAGUUUCCAGCCCAUUAUAAGGUCAUGCUGGAUAAGCUGAACGAGCAGAGGCAGCUGGACCAGUUCACAGACAUCACUCUGAUCGUGGACGGUCAUCAGUUCAGAGCCCAUAAAGCGGUGCUGGCGGCCUGCAGCCAUUUUUUCCACAAGUUCUUCCAGGACUUUACUCAGGAGCCUCUGGUGGAGAUAGAAGGAGUGAGUAACACAGCUUUCCGUCACCUGAUGGAGUUCACCUACACGGCCACGCUGGCGGUAAACGGAGAGGAGGAGGUGAACGACGUGUGGAGGGCGGCUGAGUAUCUGCAGAUGCAGGAGGCCAUUAAAGCUCUGAACAACAGGAUGAACGGCAUCACCGUGCUGAGCAGGUCGCAGGUCCUGGCCGAGAGGAGCAAAGCGAAGAAGAGGAAGAUCGCGGAAACCUCCAACGUCAUCACGGAGACGCUUCCGUCCGCCGAGACGGAGACGGUGGAGAUCGAGGUGGAGGUCGGAGACGACGCCAUCGAGGUGCAGGAGGGAGGGCUGGAGGAGGUGGUGGACGCAGGACGAGCGAACACAGACCCCACCACGGAGUCCUCAGAUGACUCGGCUCUGGCUCUGCUGGCCGACAUCACCAGCAAAUACCAGCAGGGGGAGCAGACGGUGCACAUGGUGAAGAAGGGCGAGGAGGAGACGGUGGUCCUGCAGGAAGAAGCUGUGAUGGCCACCAAAACCCUGGAGGGCAUGGAGGUGGUGGAGGUCCAGAUCUCUCAGCUGGACAACAUGUUCCGAUGUGAUAAGUGUGACCGCUGCUUUAAGCUCUUCUACCACCUGAAGCAGCACAUGAAGACGCACACGGCCGGCCUGGAGAAGCCCUUCACCUGCAAGCACUGCGGGAGGCCGUACGCUCGGGAGGGGGCGCUCAAACAGCACCUGAACACCUACCACUUCGAGGCGGAGGAGCAGUCCCACCGGCAGAAGAAGAAGGUGCACGUCUGCGUCUACUGCAACAAGCAGUUCGACCACUUCGGACACUUCAAAGAGCACUUAAGGAAACACACAGGUGAGAAGCCCUUCGAAUGUCCAGAUUGUCAUGAGCGUUUUGCGCGGAACAGCACGCUGAAGUGUCACAUGUCCGCCUGCCAGAACGGAUCAGGAGCCAAGAAAGGACGAAAGAAGCUGUACGAGUGUCAGGUGUGCAGUGAGGUGUUUAACAGCUGGGAGCAGUUUAAAGAUCACCUGGUGAUCCACACAGGUGAGAAGCCCAAUCACUGCACCUUCUGUGAUCAGUGGUUUACGGCUCCGCGGGACCUGGGGGCUCACCUGAGGGACCAGCACGGCUUCCAGGAGGAGGUAGUGAUCGCUGACCCCGCGGCCGUGCUGGCGGUGACCAGCGUGGAGGAGGGCGAGGAGCGAGUGGUGCUGCAGGACGGGAUGCGGGUGGAGCACGUCACGGUGGAGCCGGUGGACGUGGUGGCCGUGGAGGAGGCCGUGGUUCUGGAGGAGGAGGCGGCGCUUCAUGCCUCGGCGGAGGAGACGGUGCUGAUAGAGGUGGAGGAGGAGGGACUGAAGGAGCAGACCAUGGAGGUCCAUCUGGAGCAGGUCACAGAAGAGCCGCAGCAGGAGCAGGAGGUCCGGACGGAGGAGGUGAAGAUCCAGAGCGAGGCCGUAUGAGAUGAAGACGCUGUGAAUGCGGACUGAAUUUAACGUUGACGUUUGCUAUUUAUUUCUGAAGCAGGGCCACUUUUCUCCUCUCCGGUCUGACGGUGAAGCUGCAGGAGCAUCGAAAUGGUCGUUUACAGGCGUUUAAGAAGUAGCAGUGGGUUCUUUUUAAGCUUUUUAGGAAAGCUCGUUAAGAAAACUCAGUUGGAGGUGUAGAAAUGCGCAGGUGCUCUGCCAGUUUAGUUCCCUGAGGAAAAAUGUCUUAUUUUUGUAAAUGUUGUGAAGAUUUUUUGUCUGUAUAUACGAGUGUUGCUGUUGUUCGCUUAGUUCUGUGACAGUAUGACUGUAAGGGCUUCAGUUAAGGUGGACGUUAAGGUGGAUCUGUAGACGAUUCAGCGUUGGCUUUUGCUCCGAUGCCUCUUCCCCUGCAGCUGGAUGCGGUCAGUUUCUCUCUCUGCCUCUCCGAGGACAUUCAGACAGCUCAGGAACCUGAAUGUCCACGCCCUCAUCGUUUUUUCAUCAUUUCAGAUUGUUAUUGAUUUGUACAGAGCAAUAAAAUGCGAAAUUAAAUAUGUAAGAGCAUGACCUGCCUUUUAUAAAGAGCCUGUCAGGACUUUUA